CGUGAGCAUCUGUCGAUUACCAGUUGCCCUCUAGUUAUUGAUUGUACCCCGUGGAAGCCCGAAGCACGACUCGAGUUGGAUUAGUCACAAUCUGUCACCCCCGUCUGACAUCAUAUCUGAACCCAACCUCUCCCAUUUUAUAACCCUUCCCGAUUGCGAAUUUCUGAAUGCGUAAUCAGUCUCUUCGCCAUCCACGCAACCUCGCCGUCGUCGACCAAAUCAGCAGCAGCCUCGCGAGCCCGCGACCAGGUCCAUGUCCAUGUCCAACCAUUCAGCUCCAACGCAGCACAAGCAGGCGCUCCAUUUCCUUCUCUAGGCAAGGAGCAGACGCAGUUAGCGCUCCAGUUCGUUCUCUGCGCACGCACCACGCAGGCGCACCCGAUCCCUCGGAGCGCCGCCAUGCCCUCCCUGUACAAGCAGCUGGGCCUGGGCGCCGCCGGCUCGCCGGUGAACGCGUCCCACCUCCUCAUGCUCGUCCUCGGCGCCGGCUUCCUCGCCUUCACCGUCUUCGUCGUCCACCCCAACGACUUCCGCCUCCAGUCCUUCUUCUCCGGCGCCUGCCCCGGCUCCCCGCCGCAUGACCCCGUUCUCGCGCCGGUCAACGCCACGCCCAAGGCCAAGGCCGCCACGACCACGCCAGUCAAGGCGCCGGACGGGCACCCCGGCGUGCGCGUGCUGAUCGGCAUCCAGACGAUGCCGGGCAAGUACGAGCGGCGGCACCUGCUGCGGACCGUGUACGCGCUGCAGCUCCAGGAGCACCCCGCCCUUGCCGGCGCCGUGGACGUGCGCUUCGUCUUCUGCAACGUCACCUCCGCCGUCGACGCCGUGCUGGUGGCCCUGGAGAUCAUGCGGUACGGCGACGUCAUCGUGCUCGACUGCGCCGAGAACAUGGACGGCGGCAAGACGUACGACUUCUUCGCCACCGCCGCCCGCGCCUUCCCCGACGGCGCCUACGACUACGUGAUGAAGGCCGACGACGACACGUACCUGCGGCUCCCGGCGCUGGCGGCGUGGAUGGCCGGCGCGGCGCGGGAGGACGCGUACCUGGGCCUGCAGAUGCCGUGCGACCGGGAGAACUUCUACCCGUUCCCGCCCUUCAUGUCCGGCAUGGGGUACGCGCUGUCGUGGGAUCUGGUGCGCUGGGUGGCGAGCUCCGAGGUCAGCCGCCGCGACCGCGUCGGGCCGGAGGACAUGUGGACGGGGCGGUGGCUCAACGUCGCCGGCAAGGCCAAGAACCGCUACGACGGCGCCCCCAGGAUGUACAACUACCUGGGGAGCUCCCCGGCCAACUGCUUCCGGCGCGGCUUCCGCCCGGACACCAUCGCCGUGCACAUGCUCAAGGACGCCGGCCGGUGGGCCGAGACGCUCGCCUACUUCAACGCCACCGCCGCGCUGCCGCCGUCCGCGCUCUACCACCUGCCUUGAAACGGUCCUCGUUUUGCUUCUUGGCUCGACCCGGUCGCCCGGGCGGCAGCAGUACGUGUGCAUUGAAUUUGCGCGGGUGGGUGGUGGUUGGAUAAGAAGAGGAUAAUUUGACAUGUCCAUUUGGACAUCAUACAUACUUUAUUUUUUUUCAGUGUGUGAUUUUCAUUCCUAGUACAUACUCCAUUCGUUUUCUUUUUAUUACUCCACGUAUUAGAUUUUUCUAAAGUUAAACUUUGUAAAAUUUGACCAAAUUUAUAUUUAAAAGUAUCAACAUCUGCAUACCAAUUAAAUAUAAUAUGAAAAUAUAUUUCAUAAUGAAUAUAAUGAUAUCAAUUUUGUGUUGUGAAUGCUAAUAACUUUUUGUAUAAACUUGGUCAAACCUUGAAGUAUCUGACUUCAGAUAAACCUAAUACGUGGAGUUCAAAAAAAAGUAGGGAGUACAUACAUUCAUGGUGUUGCUACCUCUUCUGGAUUCGGGUUUCUAUACAUGUUCUUCUUCUUUAACAUAUGAUAUGCACGCGCGUGCACAUUCUAAAGAG